UAGUCUGCAGCUUCCUGUUCAGAUUUUUUCUGAUCGGUAACUGAAGGUACUACACUACAGUGAAUGAACAUUUGAUUAUAAAGUGAAGGACAACGAGCCUCAAAAAAGACUGCUAGAAACACAAGAAUGUGGUUCAAAAUUCAGAUCUUGCUCUUAUAUUUCAUUGCAAGUGAAGUUUCUAUGGCAAAGCUGCUGGACUCUAAAAGAAAUUUUUGGAGAGGACUUUACUCUGUAGAAGACGGCGGUUUUGCAAAGUGGAACAGGAUUAAAAGGAAUCUGUAUCAGGGAAGGUCCUGCAGGGUACGAGGCUGUUGCACAGGAAGAGAUGAUGACUGCAGCUUUAAUAUCGUCUCCAAAGCAGCUGUAUGUUACUGUGACCAGUACUGCACCUCAGGUUCUCCUGGCCCUGUGGACUGUUGUGCUGACUAUUGGGAUGUUUGCGACCACCCUGUUGUGCCCACCAGGUCAGAUGAGCCUUGGCCACCCCCAGCAUCAGGUUGUUAUAAAGAUGGCCGAUAUUACGGAGAAGGAACAAUAAUUAAAGACAACUGCAAUUCCUGCAAAUGUUUCAACAGCCUCUGGAAAUGUUCAGCAGAUGUAUGCAUUGUUCGCCAAGACUUAAUUCAGCGCAUCAAUUCUGGAGAUUAUGGAUGGAAAGCUGAGAACUACAGUCAGUUCUGGGGAAUGACAGUGGAAGAAGGUUUCAGAAAGCGCCUGGGCACCUUUCCUCCAUCUCAUUCUUUGCUGAAUAUGAGAGAAGCUCCAGGAAAGUCACUUCCAGAAGAAAAGUUUCCUGCAAUUUUUUCAGCCACUUAUGAGUGGCCUGAGUGGAUUCAUGAUCCUUUGGAUCAACGAAACUGUGGAGCAUCCUGGGCUUUUUCAACCGCAAGUGUUGCAGCAGAUAGAAUAGCAAUUCAUUCCAAGGGUGAGAUCACAGACAACCUUUCUGCUCAGAAUUUGAUCUCUUGUGAUACCAGGAAUCAACAUGGAUGUAAUGGUGGAAGUAUUGAUGGUGCUUGGAGAUAUCUGAAAACACACGGGGUUGUGUCCUAUGCUUGUUAUCCAUCAUUUUGGAACAGUCAUCUGGGACCAUCAGCUGAAAAUCAGUGUUAUGUGUCAAGUGAAUAUGGAAAAAACUAUACAAAUGGGCCAUGUCCCAAUGCUUUAGAAAAAUCCAAUCGGUUAUACCGGUGUGCCUCUCACUACAGGGUUUCCUCAAAAGAAACUGAUAUAAUGAAAGAAAUCAUGGACAAAGGACCAGUGCAAGCUGUAAUGAGAGUGUACGAGGACUUUUUCCUUUACAAAGGGGGAAUAUAUCGACACACCCAGAAAGCAGGAUCUAAAUGGAAAACUCAUUCAGUCAAACUCCUUGGGUGGGGAUCAAUACCUGACAAAAAUGGACAGAAACAGAAGUUCUGGAUUGCUGCAAAUUCCUGGGGAAAAUCUUGGGGAGAAAAUGGUUAUUUUAGGAUUCUACGUGGACAAAAUGAAUGUGAUAUUGAGAAGCUGAUUUUAGCUACUUUGGGGUAGCCAUAGUCUAUCUGUACCAUACACUGAUGUAUCUAUUCUUUCCACUGUUGCAUAUUAAGUCUUUCUAGAGAAAUAAAUUGUCUUCUC